CGGGCCGUCAAUAGUAGAGUGAUUCCCCAUCGAGCCCGUUUUGUACUCUGCACCCAAGUGCCUCGUGAUGACUUGCUCCGCAGAGCGUCGGGAUGCGGCCCAGAGCCUGGCUUUACAUUAUAUCGGUGCCGGAACCCGCAGUGGUGCGAUACCCAACACACCGGCACUGCCAAUUCAAUGAAUUGGCUCUCGAACCAUUUUUGGGUGGGAUCUGCAACAUUAGGCUCCGUAGUGCCUGUGCUACUGCUCUGACCUUGUGAUUGUCGACUGCACGGUAACCCUGAAAAGCAUAUUCAAAGCACACCCCAGCAAAAGUCACAGGCGGUCAUGGCUGGUCUCCGCCGACUGGGUGUGAUAUGACAUGCAAUAGACAUCACCGCCUGCUCAGUGAUGAAUGCGACUACGAUGUAGUAGAAACUCACACAAUGCCUGGCGCGCGACUUGAAGGCAGUGGUCGACAUCACCGACAGACUUCCCGACCUUUGAAAUUCGCCGGCCCGUUUUGUGAAUCGGAUUAAGUUUGGGUUCUGGCUACGGCGGCACUCGGUGCGGUCAGGUGUUGAUACUUCAUGCCCGUCCAUUGGCAUAAUCAGUGCAAUACGUCAUUCUGCUCCCGCAUGUUGUGCCUGGCACAGGCCCAACGCGUUUUCGCCAGACCGAGGCGAGCAUAAACACUGAAAUGACUUGAAAACCAUUCCUUGGCCCAUGUACAGAUCUAGCUCCCUUCUGUUUGUAUCCUAUCACGAAACAAACACCGCGUUUCAAGCAUCAUGUGAUCGCGUUUUGGCUAUUCACAGGCGCAAUGAAUCAUGAUGCGGAUCGCGUGCAAACGCUCGACGCGUAACCUAUGCGCUACAGGUGGCGGACGCGAGGCAACUAGACCCUUCUAUCGAACCCCUCCUCCAUCGACGCUCAGCUAUGGAUACCUCUGUGCUCAGCGACGAUUCCGACUACGACAUUGUCUCCCCGGACGCCAGCAUCGCAGACCUCGGCGCACUCCCACCGCCCGUCAUAGUGGAACCCCAGCCGUCGCAGGACGCUCAAGACACAUUCAACUCCACCUGCAAUUUGACGGCGGAGGAGAUACAGUCGUAUGUACGAGCUGUGUUGGGCCUCUCCCUCCCCGUGUCCCCCACCCGCCCCAAGCGAAUCUACGUCGACGGGAUAUUUGACGGACUGAACGUCAGGCAUGCCCUCCAGCUGCGCCAAGUGAAGCUGUCCUUCCCCAACGUCUGGGUGAUCGUGGGCGUAUUCUCCGACGCGACGUGCCACCGCUUCGGCACGCCCGCCGUCCUGCCUGCGGUCGAGCGCGGCGAGCUGCUGCGGCACUGCCGGUGGGUCGACGAGGUCCUCGAGGACGCCCCGUGUACCCUCGACGCGGCGUUCCUCGCCGCACACAACAUCUCGUACGUCGCCAUCGAGGAGGGCGCGACCGUGGACCCCGACACACACAAGCUCAGGCUCAAGGGAUACGACGAGCUGAAGCGGAGCGGUGUGGUGAUUCCGACGCGGAGGACGGUCGGUGUUGCGGCUGCUUCCAGCCCUCUCCCCAGACCGAGAACUCCGCUCGUCGAGUCCGAUUCGGAUUCGCCCAUCCCCGAUCCUGGGGUACAGGCUGAGAUAUACGGUAUUGGAUUCUAGUUUCAUUUCAUGUUAUCAAUGUAUUCUGUGCUUGUACCUAGCUCUCCUUGUCUUGUGUAUGAAAUUCAUGUUUUCCCUCGCUGCAGUCAGGAGCGGCAACGCUGAAGAGUUUCAUUGCCAAAGUCAACGUUGAAGCCACUCAGCCCGUCGAGCGGACUGCCAUCAGUCUGCAUCACCGGGGCAUAUUACGAUUACCUGGUUACGAUGGUUGUUUCUAGCCACCACCCUGCACGGAUAUCUCAGCUGGCGCGACUUCCUUUCCGAGCAAAAACGAAACACAAUAGCCUGAUGCACUCGAGCCAUCUGCUACAGCGCCAUUGUCACAAACGGCAUGCUCCAUGCAAGGUCCAGCUCUGAUGCUCGAUGCUUUGACCUUGGAAGCUCUUAUGUCCGGAGGGACAACAAUGGCCUGAUGGCUCUUAUCGACGCUUAUGCCCAGGACCGUGCGCGCUUUGUCGCGCUCCCGGCUGGGGUAUAAAACAAAACGCUAUUCGCGCGUUCAAGGUCUAUUGUCCUUCGCCCACAUCACACUGCACUGCUCGCAUGUCUUUGACACCCACCAAAUGGACGUCCUCUCCCGGGGACCAGCACCUCUUCGGGUACUUUGAGCCCGUGGGGAAGCACCCGCAGCUACUGCGGCUCGAAUUCUGGCGCAUCGACGGGCGCGCGUCGUUCGGGCGCGCGGUGCAGAGCUCGCACAUUCUGCCCGGUUCUUUCAUCAGUGGCACACACGCGGAGCUCGUAUGGAAUGAGAAGACGGGGCACGAGUCUGUCGUGUUGUUUGAGGACAAGUCGUCGAACGGGACCUGGGUCAACGAAACCCACAUCCGCCGGGCGAAGGUUGCUCUGCAGCACGGCGAUCGCAUCGCGUUCGGCAUCCCCGAGGCGGAGAGCGACCUGCUCGACUUCCGCUACGUCUUCCACCACGUCGCGCGGCACCCGCUCGGGGACAUCGCCGCCGAGUACACCCUGGGCGACAUACUCGGGGAAGGGGGAUUCGGCAGCGUGCGCAUCGGGACGAAGAAGUCGGACGGGCGAACAAAGGUGGCGAUCAAGACGAUCAAAUACCUCGAGAGCUUCAAGGACGCGCAGCGGAAGACCCGCGAGAUCAAUCCCCUCGUGGAGCUUCUCACGCUGGAGGAGAUCUCCCAUCCGAAUGUAAUCGAAUACCUCGGGUCCUUCCACGACCUGAACUAUGCUUCCAUCCACCUCGUCCUGGAAUUUGUCCCUGGGGGCGACCUGAUGGGAUGGGUCAGCCGGCAACGGGCCACGAAGAAGCAAGGAUUCGCGGAACCCUUCGUCCGUGAGAUCAUGCAGCAGCUGCUGAGUGCCCUGGUGCACGUGCACGGUCGGGGGAUCACCCACCGCGACCUCAAGCCCGAGAACAUCCUCAUGAAGCACAGUUACCCCGGCCGUCCCUGCCUCAAGGUCACCGACUUUGGCCUCGCGCGCACCGCCCUCAAUGACCGGCCUGACGGGCACAUCGGCACGGCGCAGUUCAUGGCCCCCGAGGUGUUUGAAACGACCGGAGCCGGCUACGACUCCAUCUCGGACUGCUUUGGGGCUGGACUGCUGAUGUUCAUGGUGGCCAUCGCCGAACGGCCGUGGGCCCAACCCCGGACCCCCGGCAGCAGCGCGUUUCCGCCCCUCAAGUGGUCAGAGGCCCUGGCGACGCUCUCUGACCCCGGGAUGGAUCUG